UCACGUUCACGUUUCCUGACCCGAUGACCUCUAGGGAUGGCCAUGGCGCAGAUGAUGCAAUUGGACUAUUCGGGGCCAUAACCAGCCGACUUUGUGCUGAAUUGACGUAUCAUAUGUUCCAGCUUGCACAAUGUUUACUUCACUGUGAACAUUGCCUAUUAAACAUUACUGUAAUUCCUCGAGUCAAUCUUAGAAGAAAAAUUAGAGCAGAAAAGCUUCUAAAAUCUGGUUUGCUGAUUCGAGAAUGGUAAGCAUUUAUUUUUUGUACCAAAGUUAUGAUCUUUGGCCAAUGGGAGGAUUCAUGUUUUCACCAGCUUAAGAAAAUGGGCAGUUGGGGAUUAACUGCCGGGUCUGAAAGAAGAAGAUCAUGGUGAUAAUGAUGAAAAGUCUAGUAUAAGCAUGUCCAUACCCUAGGAGGUCAUAGGAUAGAGCCAUACAAAGAAACAAGUACAGUAAUAGCAGUAAAGCUUUGUACAUGCUGUAAUAAAUUCGUCAAAGAUUUGGCCACAAGAUUUUUUUUUCCGUCAGCUCUGGGGUUUGCUUGCAUCAUCAAUUUUGCUCCUCUGUUUUGCUGUCUAUCUCAAAAAGUAAGACCUGCCAAAAAACAGUGAUUCUUUUUUCUUUUCUGUUUUCGCAUUUCUUCAUAUGCCUCUAAUGCGUUUAGUUGUUGGAUUCUAAAGCAGAAAAAAAACAAAGGAAAAAAAAAAAAAAAGAUGGUCACUUUCUUACUCAAUUCACUCUUCUUUCUCAUCAAAGCUAGCUAGCUUCCCGUCUAAAAUAGAUAAAAAGCAAAGGCCUUUCUCUGCAAAAUGGUGCUGAGAGGACCUGCCAGCAACAGAAGUUUGAACAGAGAGAAUCCAGAUAUUUUGAUUGUGAUGAUUGCAGAGGAGCAGAUAAUGAGAGGUGGUGAGGAGGAAAAAGGAAGAUCAGAGAGGAGAGAGAAAGAUAGGGGGAGGGGAAGGGAUGGGCCCUCUAAAGCCUGCAACAGAAAUAAGUGGCACUGCGCCAAAAGAGUAAUGUGUUUCCUCCCCCUCUCUUCCUUUCUCUCUCUAUCUCCUUGUUUUUACUCUUUGUGUGGUUCUUCAUCCUCUCUCUAUCUUAAUUAAUGGGUCCAAUUCAUUCAGCUCCAUUGCUCUGCUGCAGAAACUUUUCUUUUUUCUUUUUUUUCUCUUUUUUUUCUUUUGGGUUUCUGGUGGCUUUUUGUCACUCUCAUUCUUUCUUUUAAUGGAUUCUAAGCUCUUGUGUGUCCUUUACUUUCAAGACCCAUUAUGUUUCUUGUAGCUCAAUAAGAGAGAGAGAUCAUGAAUCUUUUUGUAUGGGGUCUGAUGCUCUUAAAUUCAGUUUCUUGGCUUUUGAGCUGUUGAAAUAAAAAUAAAAUACAAAAAAAUCCCUACUUUUCUGUUCAUGCAAAGGAAAAUAACCCACCUUUUUCCAUUAAGCUCUUUAUGUGUUGUAGUUUGAGAAAGGUGGGGGAUAAUGCAGGAUAACUUGUUGGCUUUUUCUCCUCGUUCUUUUUGUUAAAAGGAAGAUUUAAAAAAAAAAAAGAAAGAAAAAAGGGAAAAAAGAAAAUCUUUACUACUGUUUUCUGGCUUUUCAUUACAUUACUCUUCUAAGGACUACAAAGAAGUUCUCCUUGUAUCUUAUUAACUUUUUCACUAUGCUCCCCUGUUUUGCCUUCUUUGUUUAAGCGUAAACAUAAUACAGUGUCACUCCAUAUAAACACCACCACGUUAUCUUUUGAAUCUUUGCAAGUCUUUAAGGUCUGAUUUGAAGCAAUCCUAUGAAUCUGCAUUAAACUUCUUUAACUCGAUAUUAUACUUUUGUGAUCUUUUAGACAGUUUUGGUGGAACAAACUGCAUCCUCGGUUUGUUGGUGGGUGAUAUCUCCUCUGCAAGUGGAUAGAACGUAAAUAGCAGUUGAUAGCUAGAAUAUGAAAACAGAGAUGAGUUCAUCUGUACUGAAAUAGGUAGUAGGCUUGAGAAGUUGUUGCUCAUGUCCGAUGCGGUCUGAUUCUUCGUUACUAUGAAAUGAUGGAGAAUCAAAUGUUCAAUGUUACAAUGGAUGCGAUGAGCCGAGAUUCUGUUGUCAUAGACGAGAAUUCAGAGCAUGCAACUAUGAACUCACUUGUUCAAUCCUGUUCAUUUGACCUUAAUGAUCAAAACCGCAUGAUAGUUCCACUUCAUUCAACAAUUCAAGAACCAAUCAAUGGAGAUGUCAGAAAUCGCACAGAGAUUAUCAUUCCAAAUGCAUUUUAUACAUGUCACAGAAGGAACACUGAUAGAGAUGCCUCACUUGGUUGCUCAAGUGCCACUGCCAACUCUGAAUUUCAAGAGCAUCCUAUUUCUACUGCUUCGGUUGCUAACUUUCUGGCUGAAAGGAAUGGUCUUCCAGAAAAUCUCAACAACUUAGCAAUUUUGGUGCCUCCAAUCUAUUCUUCAGAAGUUUUAGCAGAAUACAUUUCUAAUGGCUGGUCCAGUAGUUUGAAUCAUCGGUUGGCACCUUCCAUGAACUGUGGGUACGAUGAUGUGCUUGGUAAUAUUGGCGGUCAGUGGGAUAUCCAGAAGUAUCCUGCUACUUCAGAUUUUGGUGGGAAAAAUUCUGUAAGAACAGAGUUUCAACCAUAUUCUUCCGUAGGAAACAUGGAACCAUGUGGAUUGAUAUCAGCAGACAGUGCCAGUGUGGCUGCUGAUCAUUCUUAUAGUUCCUCAAAAUUUAGUAACGAGCUCUCUCUAACUCUUGCUACAUCCAAGCCUUCUGUCAUUAGUGGGAUACAUAUUCCAGGUCAAUGCUCAGAAAUGACUUGCUCUGGGGUGGCUCGCAAUUCUUUGAAUGAGACAAGGUUUGCCUCUGAACAAACUUCUUGCAACAGUGAGGAUCUUUCUCUGAGUUUUGGUUCUUAUAGACCCCCUCAAUUCUCGAAAGUUAUAUUGGGAUCACGAUAUCUCUGCGUGAUUCAGGAAAUACUUGCUCAGAUUGCAAGCUAUUCUCUGGAGAAUCUUGACUUCCAGACAACCUAUCCAACUGCUGGUGCACCGGAUGGAGUUAACAUACCAUUCUGUUCGAAUAGCUGUUCUGAAAGAGGGAGUGGUUUUGAAGCAGCGAUGGAACCUGCUUUGCAAAGACGGGCAGUUGAAAGAAAGAAAGCCAAGCUUCUGGCCUUGCUGCAAAUGGUUGAUGACCGAUACAACCAAUGCCUGGAUGAGAUUCAUACAGUUAUAUCAGCAUUUCAUGCUGCUACCGAAUUGGAUCCUCAAAUACAUGCUCGUUUUGCUCUUCAAACAAUCUCUGUAUUGUAUAAAAACCUGAGAGAAAGGAUUAGCAAUCAAUUCCUUGCUAUGGGAGCACAUUUGAACCCUGCAUGCUUCAGAGAGAAUGAAAGAUCUUUUGAGACUUCAUUCAUUCAGAAGCAAUGGGCUCUUCAGCAGCUGAAAAAGAAAGAUCAUCAGUUAUGGAGACCCCAGAGAGGCUUGCCAGAAAGAUCUGUCUCAGUUUUAAGGGCAUGGAUGUUUCAGAACUUCCUCCAUCCGUAUCCUAAAGAUGCAGAGAAGCAUUUGCUCGCGGUAAAAAGUGGAUUGACGAGAAACCAGGUAUCCAAUUGGUUCAUAAAUGCUCGUGUUCGGCUAUGGAAACCAAUGAUCGAGGAAAUGUACUCAGAGAUGAACAGAAGAAAGACGAAUCGAAAUGACCAGAACACAGACAGAAGCCACUCAAGUGCCAACAAUCAAAGAUACAAUUCGAAUUGAAAAGGUAGAUUAGCACAAAUCAAAUGGGGAACAACAAACAUCCACAACAUGUUAGCAAUUGUAUAUAUAUUAAAAAAACAAAAAAAAACAAAAAAAUUAUUUUAUUGAGUGCAUUAUUGUAAUUAUAUUCUUCCUGGCAUGUACGUGUCAUUAGGCAGGAUCUACAAUCUGAGAAUGUUACAUGGAAUUAUUUUCUGUAUUUUCCAGAAUUCCCUUCCUUUUUCUUUUCAUUUC